CAACUUACUCAAAAUGUUAUGUUCUAUUUUAUUUUUCUUAACCAUUGCUUAUAUCAUCGAGUCACACUAAUUAUUUUUUUCACUAUAAUAUUAUAUAAGACACACCACCUUGAACACACUUUCAUUCAUACUCUUCCACUCCCACCACUUCAUCUUCCACUUUCUUUUGGUUCAAUGGAGAGUUCAAGAAUCAUGCAAUGCUUUAACAUUCUACUAAUUGCACUUCUAUUGUUACUAAAGACACAAGGACAGUUUGUUCCACUGACUCGGCUCGAAAGCGCGGUAUCAAAAGGAGCCGUGUGUUUGGAUGGAAGCCCCCCAGCUUAUCAUUUUCAUGAAGGACAUGAAGAAGGAGUGAACAACUGGAUUGUUCAUAUUGAGGGAGGUGGAUGGUGCCACAAUGUCACCUAUUGUCUUUACCGAAAGGACAGUCGGUUAGGUUCGUCAAAGGAAAUGGAAGAGCAAACUUAUUUUUCUGGAUAUUUAAGUAACAACCAACAAUAUAAUCCUGAUUUCUACAAUUGGAAUAGAGUCAAAGUUAGGUACUGUGAUGGAUCAUCGUUUACCGGUGAUGUUGAAGAAGUUGAUCCAGAGACAAAUUUGUACUUCAGAGGAUCGAGGAUUUUUUCUGCUGUAAUGGAAGAUUUACUAGCAAAAGGAAUGGCUCAUGCUGAAAAAGCUAUUCUUUCUGGUUGUUCUGCUGGAGGAUUAACUGCUAUAUUACACUGUGAUGGAUUUAAAUCAAUGUUACCUAAUGGAGUUAAAGUGAAAUGUGUCUCAGAUGCUGGUUAUUUUGUUAAUGUAAAAGAUAUCUCUGGAGAUUAUUACAUCGAAGAUUACUUCGGUCAAGUUGUUGAAACCCAUGGUUCGGAAAAGAAUUUGCCUCAAUCUUGCACUUCAAGACUCACUCCGGGACUAUGUUUUUUCCCACAAUAUGUGGCAUCAGAUAUUAGUACGCCAAUCUUCAUUGUAAAUGCGGCAUAUGACUCAUGGCAGAUUAAGAACAUUUUGGCGCCCGGUGCUGCUGAUCCGAAUGGCCAAUGGGGUAGCUGCAAGACUAAUCUAAAGAACUGCUCACCUGAACAACUAAAUAUAAUGCAAGACUAUAGGUCACAAUUCUUAAAGGCGUUGAGUCCUAUAACCAACUCUCCAUCUAAUGGAGUGUUCAUAGACUCUUGUUAUGUCCACUGCCAAACAGAACCACAGGAAACAUGGUUUACAAAUGACUCUCCAAUGGUUGACAAUAAAACAGUUGCAAUGGCAGUAGGAGACUGGUUUUAUGAAAGAAGUCCUUCACGUGAGAUAGAUUGCACUUACCCUUGCAACCCUACUUGUCAAAACCGUGUUUUUGAUUUACAAGGAUACCCAGGAAUACACUAGGAUAUGUAUACUCAUCUAACUACUAAAUAUUUAUCAGUCCUAUGGUAUUAUAAAACUUAUAUAAUUGAACUUAAAAAUUAAGUAAGCAAAAUAAGAGAGAACGCGCCAUUGGAUUGAGUUUGUGUGCUAGGCGCACUCAAAAUCAUUGUUUAAUGUAACAAUUACUAUAUACUCUUAUGGAAUUGUAAGUUCAAUGCUAUCACUAAUUGAUGUGACUACUUUUCUAAUGUAGUUUGUUACUAUCUCAAAAGUUAAGUCAUUAUAAACCUAGCCUUGCAAAUCA